GCUAGCUUCUGAACGGACAGAUUUUAUUUGUUCAUUGACCUGACAGAGUGUAGCUGUGCGCCGGCGCACUCGUCACGUUCGCGGGAAAGGAAGUUUAUUUUUGCAGAUUGCGAAUUAAGUUGUAUUAAUGCUGUUAGAAUAAAUACACGAUAUAUUUAUUGCCGUGUCCAUAUUGUAUUACCGCUAGUAGCUCGUGAAUUCUCGGUCACAAGAUGCGGUGCAAGUAUUUCCUUUACGCCAUUUGCCUUGCCAUCCUAGACACGUGGUCAUUGUCUCGAGCCGAGCUGUUCACCGCUAUAUCGGAGGUGGAACCGUUACUGGAAACCCACAAGAGGAUAAUCGAUGACCUUGAUGAUUAUAUUCAAAAAGAAGAGAAAAGAUUGUACAUUUUGAAGAAACAUUUGAAUCUGUACAAGAAGGAACACGGGAUGGCGAUGGAAGAUAUUCCUAACUACUUGGGGAAUCCCAUAAAUGCAUUCACCCUCAUCAAACGAUUGACUACUGACUUGGAUUUCAUUGAAAAGAGCAUCAAGAUUGGUACCGAAUACAUAAAGAAUAUAACGGUGAACCACGCGGAUGUGAAGUAUCCGACGUUGGAGGACUUGUCGGGCGCGGCGCAAGCUCUCACUCGUCUGCAGGACACUUACCAGUUAGAUAUCGGAGAACUCGCCGAUGGGAGACUUAACGGGGUCGUGUAUAGUACUCCGAUGAGCGCCGGCGACUGUUACGAGCUGGGCCGCACGCUGUACAACGAGAAGGAUUAUAGCAACUCCCUGCGCUGGAUGUUGGAAGCUCUGCGGAAGUACAAAGAAGAGAAUGAAACUUACGACUUCACAGAAGUCGACAUACUAGAGUAUAUUAGCUUCUCACAUUAUUUAUUGGGCGAGGUGCAACACGCGCUGCAGUGGACCAGGAAGCUGCUGGCGCUGGAGCCGCAGCACCCGCGCGCGCGCGGCAACGUGCCGCACUUCCAGAAGACCAUCGCGGAGGCAGACGCCCGCAUGAAGCGCCGGCGCAGGGGGGACACCGGAGAAGAUGACGAAGAAGAUUCGCAGCCGAUGUCGUACCUCAGCAAGGAGCGGAAAGUAUACGAGGCUCUGUGCAGGGGAGAAAUGGAAAUACCUAGCGAAAUAAGCCGAAGAUUGAAAUGCAGAUACCUGACGGAGAACCAUCCGUUCUUGAAGCUGGCGCCAAUAAAAAUGGAGCAAAUGUAUCUCUCUCCAGAUAUUGUCGUGUUCCACCAAGUCCUGAGUGAUGAGGAAAUAGAACAUAUCAAGGAUAUGGCUAAGCCGAGGAAAGAGGAGAAUGCCUUCAAAAAGUCUAGCGGGAACAGAAUAGCUACAGUUUUGUUUUACAUGUCGGAGGUGGCACAAGGGGGCGCCACCGUGUUCACGGAGCUGGGCCUGAGCGUAUUCCCGGUGAAGAAUGCGGCCGUGUUCUGGAUGAACCUGCACCCGUCGGGCGAGGGCGACAUCGCCACGCGCCACGCAGCCUGCCCAGUGCUGCGCGGCUCCAAGUGGGUUUCGAAUAAAUGGAUCCACCAAGGAGGCCAGGAGCUGCUGAAGCCGUGCAACCUGGAAUACCAGCGGGAGGAUGUCAUGCGCAAAAUUCCCAGACCUAUCCCGCGAACCUCCAGAUAGGACAAAAUAUCGCUCGUUAGAUUUCUUCAAAAGUUGUACCUAAAUAAUGUUUAAAGAAUGGACUGAAAACUAUAGAAGUGUCGAAACGAGGGAUAUUGCAAGUCUUUUGCUAAAAUUUUGUAACCAAUAAGAUAUAUUUAACAAAAAUUACGACUUUUGAGGUUUAAAUAAUGCGUUUAGUAUCUCAAAUUUAAGUAACGGUAAUUAAAUCAGUUUUUCCUUACAUCCUGCUCGAAGGACCAUAAUUAUUUAAUCAAUAAUUUGUGACCGAUUAUGUUAAAUUAUUUACACGUAUAUUAUUCUUGACACUUCCUAGUAUCCGAAGUGUUUCUUUUUUAUGGAUUCACUAGAGUUUUAAGCAUUUUAAGAAAACGGUACGGCAGAUGUCUGUAGUACAAAUUCAAUAUUUUAAAUUAUGUUUUCAAAUUUGUAAUUAAUAGUGGGCGUUCCGCUAAUUUUAUGUUUACAAUAGAUUUCAUUUUGCAACAGUUUAUUAACUAAAAUAUGUUUUUUUUACCGUUUAAAUGAAAAAAAUAAAUACAACUGCUAAAAUAAUCACCAGUUACUAAUGUUAAGUGAAUCUCAAUAUAUUAAUAAGCUAUAGAGGCCAAAUAAUGUGUUAAAA